AUGCCUACCGAAAUCCAACCUAGCUUGGAGGGUCUCCUUGAGAUCAUCUCCAAAGAUCGCUCAGCUUACCAACCUACCGAACUCCCAAACUUGUACCCUAUCUACAAGUACGUUCCUAAUGACUCUUUGACUCCACACAUUGCCUACCUCAAACUUGCCCAUGCGGACAAUAGAUUGAACCAUGGGGUCCGUUCUCCUAGUUUCUUAUUUGAAAGUGCCAAAAACUGUGACCAAAUUGAACGGUUCUCUUUUAUUGGGGUAAAACCUCUAAAGACCAUCAAGACCCUUAGUGCAGAACAGGACGAAUCUUUAAGAACCCCGGUGAGUGAUAUCGAAGAAGUAGGGGUGGAAGUCGAUCCUUUGGACGUUUUGGAACAAAAUAUGAAGAAUUUCAGACAAGCCCCAUUGCCUGGGAUCCCAGCCCUUAGUGGCGGGGCCAUUGGGUAUAUUUCAUAUGAUUGUAUUAAAUAUUUUGAACCAAAGACCAGACGUGAACUUAAAGACGUGUUGAAAUUACCAGAGAGUUACUUGAUGUUGUUCAAUAGUGUGGUGGCGUUCGAUAACGUGUAUCAAAGACUUCAAAUCAUCAAUAACGUCUCGGUGGAACCUCACGAUACCGUGGAGACCAUCACCGCAAAAUACCAAGCCCUCAGUGAAGAAAUCAAUCUCAUCAAGGCAGUGCUUCUCGAAGACGACGUGGUGCUUCCUGAGCAACCGCCAAUCGUUGCUGAUCAACCAUUCACUUCAAAUAUCGGCCAAGAAGGUUACGAAGGACACGUCAAGACUUUGAAGGAUCAUAUUCUCAAAGGGGAUAUCAUCCAGGCGGUGCCAUCUCAGCGGAUCUCUCGCCCAACUUCAUUGCACCCAUUCAACAUUUAUCGUCAUUUGAGAACCGUUAACCCAUCACCUUAUUUGUUUUAUAUCGAUUAUCUUGAUUUUCAAAUCAUUGGUGCGUCGCCGGAAUUGUUGGUGAAGUCCAGUACUGCCAAUAAGGUGGUGACUCAUCCUAUUGCCGGUACGAUUCGUCGUGGUACCACCAAGGAUGAAGAUGAUGCGUUGGCCCACGAAUUGAAAUCGUCACUCAAAGACCGUGCCGAACAUAUCAUGUUGGUGGACUUGGCGCGUAAUGACAUCAACCGUAUUUGUGACCCACAAACCACCAGCGUCGAUAAAUUACUCACCAUCGAACGAUUCUCGCACGUCAUGCACUUGGUCAGUGAAGUUAGCGGGACAUUACGUCCGGAUAAAUCGAGAUUCGAUGCGUUUAGAUCGAUUUUCCCUGCCGGGACCGUCUCGGGGGCUCCAAAAGUUAAAGCCAUGGAGCUCAUUGGGAAACUCGAAGGCGAACGUCGUGGGGUGUACGCGGGUGCGGUGGGUCAUUGGGGGUACGAUGGUAGAUCGAUGGAUACUUGUAUUGCCCUUAGAACCAUGGUGUACAAGGAUGGUGUAGCAUAUUUACAAGCUGGUGGGGGGAUUGUCCAUGAUUCCGAUCCAUAUGAUGAAUAUAUCGAAACUAUGAACAAGAUGAAGGCCAACAAUGAUACAAUUGUCGAAGCUGAACAUUUCUGGGCCCAAGAUUUGCAGAAAUAA